CAAUUCAUAACCAUGUCAGGAAGAGGAAAGGGAGGUAAAGGACUCGGUAAAGGAGGCGCUAAGCGUCACCGUAAAGUCCUCCGUGCUAACAUCCAGGGAAUCACCAAGCCCGCUAUCCGCCAUCUGGCUCGCCGUGGUGGUGUGAAGCGUAUCUCCGAUCUGAUCUAUGAGGAGACCCGCGGUGUGUUGAAGGUGUUCCUGGAGAACGUGAUCCGUGACGCCGUCACCUACACCGAGCACGUCAAGAGGAAGACCGUCAGCGCCAUGGAUGUGGUGUACGCUCUGAAGAGACAGGGACGCACCCUGUACGGAUUCAUCUCUGAAAACCCAAGGCCCUUUUAA